AGUUACCUGGGCAAGUGCGCAUGCGCGACUGAUGAAAGUACAGGUGAGAGAGAAGGCAAAUCUAGAUAAAUGUGAAGUAUAAUAUAAAGAUAUGGAAAAAUCACUUUAUCUUUUCACAUUGUUGAUAACAUUCGCAAGUGCUCAGGAUCCAAUAGUUCGGAUAACAAGAACAGAACCGGAACAACGAGGAAACGUUAUAAGAGCACAACGAGGAAAAGAUAUAACAAUAUGGUGUCACGUGGAGAAUUUACGAGAAAACAUAAAUGUUAGAUUUGAAAAAGAGUUCUCAUCAUCUGUAAAGUCUAUUUCAAGAAAUGAAUAUCCUUCAGAUAAUACGAGAUAUGCAAUCGAAAAACCCAAGGAGUUUACCUGGAGAUUAAGAAUAAAGGCUGUUCAGCUGACAGAUUCUGGAGUUUAUAUCUGUCAUGUUUACCUAGACAAAUACUCCAAAAGCAAAGCAUACGUUAAUGUCUUAGUUAAUGCUGCACCCGUUUUUGUUAAUGACCAAACAACUUCUGAUUCGAUAUAUAAGAACGGCUAUAAAGUUAUCUUGAAUUGUUCAACUACAGGCUAUCCAAAACCUUAUAUUGAAUGGACAAGAUUGGGAAAUGCUCUAUUGCCAAUAGGUAGAGAAAGAUUCCAGAAUUCAACAUUAGAAAUAAAAUCAAUCAAACCUCAAGAUAGAGGAGUGUAUCGGUGUAGAUCGUGGAAUAUUAUGGGAGAAAUAGCCCGAGAUAUUACAGUAGGAGUUCGUUUUAAAGCUGAAAUCAGGGUCCAAAAUAGAAUUUUGAAACAAAAACUUGGAUACGUCAUCGAAUUGCAAUGUCUUGCUGAAACAAAUCCGUAUCCCAUUGGUUUGUCGUGGAAGAGGAGGAGUGGAAGUACACUUCAAACGUUUACGGUCAGCAGUGGAAGAUAUGUUGUUAAUGCUGUAAAAGGGGCUUUUAAUCGAUUUAUCUAUGAGCUAAUAAUAAAUGGAGUACAACAAGAGGACUACGGUGAAUAUACAUGCGAAAUUAAUAACGUUGAAGGAAAAUCAUCGGCAAAGAUAUUAUUGGAGGAAUCUGAAAUUCCUAUGCCGUCUAUAAAGAGGGGUAUACCAAGAGCCUCUGCUAAUAUAAAUCAAUCAAUUUCUUCCAUCUCAAUUACUCUUCUCACCUUCUUUGUUGCUACUCUAAUUCAUUAG